AAUCACCACUUGAAAUCAAAUUAGUCUUCUUCUCACUCUCCAUAUCAUCAACUCAUUCUUCUGAAACAAUGGUCGCUUCACCACAUCGUAACUCAACAAAUGAUCUUCUCAUGCCACUUCUCGGAAAACGCAUUCGCCUCGGAGAUCACGUGUACAAAAUGUGCGAUUCCAUCGCGACAGGACCGUUUUCAUCGGUGUUUCUAGUGGAGAAGGAUGGUAUUCCUUAUGCUAUGAAAGUGGAAUCACAGAGCAAAUGCUUACGGCCAGUGCUUAAGCUGGAUCAUGCAGUUCUGCGUGCCCUCGGCCACCAGUCUGGCUUCCCAUCACUCACAUCAGCUGGUCGCACUGAAAACUUCAAAUACGUUGUGAUGCAACUCGUCGGUCCAGAUCUCUCGAUGCUUCUCGAAUUUGCUCCUCAGCAACGUUUCACGUCAUCAACUGUCUACAAGAUUGCUCUUCAAACUUUGGAUCGUCUUCGCGUACUUCAUGAAGCUGGGUGGCUCAACCGGGACGUUAAAGCUCAAAAUUUUGCGGUGGGACUGGGAGAGGAGAGCAGCAUCGUGUAUAUGCUUGAUUUCGGAUUAACUCGCAAAUAUCUUGAGCACAACGGUAGUCGCAGUCUUCUCCGUCCGCAUGGUCCAUCUGUUGGCACAUUUCCAUAUGCUCCACUAGCAUCUCUCGGCUUCUGUGAUCAAUCACCAAUCGAUGAUAUUGAAGGAUGGUUGUACAUGAUUGUUCAUUUAUUGAAAGGUGGACUCCCGUGGCACAACUCGAAAAGAGCCCUGAAUCUGCCAAAAGUCAGAGAAUGGAAAAUGUAUUGUCGUCGUCCGGGUGGCAAGCAUUAUUUAUUCGCAGGCAUUCCGAAAGGAUGGGCUGAUAUUUUCGACGUUAUUGUCAACACCGCCCCCCACGAGACACCAGACUACAACAAAAUUGCCAACAUGGUUCUGUCAAUUGCUAGAAAUGAGCUUAUCGACUUGACGGCUCCAUUUGACUGGCAAGUCAACCCAGUUCUUCGUUCUUUGGUUCGACUCGGACCAUUAAGCUGUGGUGAGCUCACCCGCAUUCCGAUGAGCAGCAUGGCAGCAACUCCAUUUACCGAUCAAAUCCUUCUCAACUCUAUUGGAUCUCCGCUGGAAUCUUAUUGAAGGAAAAUUCUUACUAGCCACUUGAAUAAAAUGAACACAUG